CUGACAAUACCCAAAAACCCUUUCCCCGACCGAUCGCCCUUCCUUCCCCUUUCCCUAACGCUUAGCACACAAAAGAUGGCUUCGGCGAUUCAACCCACGCCGCUCUCGUCGUACGUCGGCUUCGACAGCCUGCCCGGCCAGAUCGAGCAGAAGCUGCUCAAGCGCGGCUUCCAGUUCAACGUCAUGGUCGUCGGCCAGACGGGCCUGGGCAAGUCGACGCUCAUCAACACCCUCUUUGCAUCGCACCUCAUCGACUCAAAGGGACGGCUCGAGGCCUACGAGACGCCCCGCUCGACGACGGAGAUCCACCCCGUCAGCCACUUGAUUGUGGAAAACGGCGUCAAGCUUCGGUUGAACAUUGUCGACACACCCGGAUAUGGCGACCAGGUCAACAAUGAGAACUGCUGGGACCCAAUCAUCAAGUACAUCAAGGACCAGCACAGCGCCUACCUCCGAAAGGAGCUGACGGCCAUGCGCGACCGAUACAUCACCGACACCCGAAUCCACUGCUGCCUCUUUUUCAUCAACCCAACUGGACACGGCCUCCGACCGAUUGACGUGACUGUGAUGAAGAAGCUCUCGGACGUGGUUAAUGUCGUGCCCGUCAUCGCCAAGAGCGACAGCCUGACGCUCGAGGAGAGGGACCUGUUCAAGGAGCGGAUCCGCGCCGAGAUGCAGUACAACAACAUUCGUCUGUACCCCUUUGACGACGAAGAGCACGAGGAGGACGAGCGGGAGCUCAACGACCGGAUCAGGUCACUCAUCCCCUUUGCUGUCGUCGGAAGCGAGAGGACAGUUGUUAUUGACGGCAAGCAGGUGCGAGGCCGCAAGAACCGGUACGGCGUCGUCAAUGUGGAAAACGAGAACCACUGCGAGUUUGUGUUCCUGAGGAACUUCCUCACCCGCUCGCACCUCCAGGACCUCAUCGAGACCACCUCGGCCACGCACUACGAGUCUUUCCGAAGCCGCCAGCUCUUGGCACUCAAAGAGUCGAGCUCCAAGCAGCAGGCACAGCAGCAGCAAGCUCAGCAGCAACAGGCGCAGCCAAACGGCAUCUAAUCUGCGCUGUUUACCCCCCUUUGGUUUCUCAUUCCUUUUUU